AGAGAUAGAGCUUGGAUUUGUUACUGUAAUGGAAGAGAUGAAGAUGAAAUUCAUCAAGAAGGCUAUAUGUGGUAAUCAAGAAGAAGAAGAAGAAGCACGAUCGAGAGACGACACCCUUUCGAGCUUUUCAGAUGGAAUUCUUCCAUCUCUCGGCGCCCGUGGUGUUAACAAAAUAAAGCUCCGGAGCUUUAUCAUAUCUCCUUACGAUAGUCAAUACAGAAUAUGGGAGACUUUUCUGAUCAUUCUGGUUAUCUAUUCGGCUUGGGUAGCUCCAUUCGAAUUUGGGUUCCAAGAGCAAGACAUUGGAGGCCUAGCUUUCACCGACAAUGUUGUCAAUUCAUUCUUUGCCGUAGACAUCGUCCUGACCUUCUUCGUAGCCUAUCUUGAUAAAGCGACGUAUCUGCUUGUUGAUGAUCCGAAGAAGAUCGCUUGGAGGUAUGCAAGGACCUGGUUGAUUCUAGAUCUUCUCUCCACCAUUCCCAUAGAGUUGGUCCAUUCGAUCUUGCCACAGAAUAUCCAUUGGUAUGGCUUCUUUAACAUGCUCCGGCUUUGGCGUCUCCGAAGAGUCAGCCGCCUUUUUGCCAGAUUAGAGAAAGAUAGGAACUUCAACUACUUUUGGGUCAGAUGCGCGAAGCUCAUCUGUGUGACUCUACUUGCAGUUCAUUGUGGAGGGUGCUUCUUUCAUCUUAUCGCCGCAAGGUACCACAACCCACUUCAAACAUGGAUCGGAGCUUUCUGGAACAACUUCCAUGAGAUUAACGUCUGGAAGCGUUAUGUUAUUUCAAUGUACUGGUCAAUCACCACCCUUGCAACCGUCGGGUAUGGUGAUUUACAUCCUAUGAAUCCAGCCGAGAUGAUCUUCGACAGCUUCUACAUGCUCUUCAAUCUUGGAAUGACAGCAUAUUUGACCGGGAACAUGACUAAUUUGAUCGUCCAUGGCACUAGUCGAACUAGAAGAUUUAGGGAAACAAUUCAAGCGGCUUCAGCUUUUGCACAAAGACACCAGCUUCCGGUCCGCCUGCAAGAUCAGAUGCUUGCACACCUAAGUUUGAAGUUCAGGACGGACUCAGAGGGGUUGCACCAGCAAGAGACUCUCGACGCCCUUCCGAAAGCCAUCCGAUCCAGCAUUUCACAUCACCUCUUUUACUCCAUCGUUGACAAGGUCUACUUGUUCCAAGGGGUGUCACAUGAUUUGCUUUUUCAGCUGGUCUCCGAAAUGAGAGCAGAGUAUUUUCCUCCCAAGGAAGACGUGAUCCUCCAGAAUGAAGCACCGACCGAUUUCUACAUGCUGGUGACUGGUUCUGUGGAGCUGCUGGAAUAUAAAAAUGGAAAAGAACAGGUUGUUAGAGAGACAAAGAUGGGGAAUCUUGUUGGAGAGAUUGGAGUGCUCUGUUACAGGCCACAACUGUUCACCGCCCGCACCAAGCGGUUGAGCCAGCUGUUGCGGUUGAGUCGUAAUUCCUUCUUGAACCUUGUUCAGUCCAAUGUUGGUGAUGGGACCAUAAUCAUGAAUAAUUUCCUUGAGCAUUUGAAAGGGAUGAACGAUCCAGUGAUGGAAGCAGUUCUAGCAGAUACAGAAAAGAUUCUGGCCCGCGGUAGAAUGGACCUGCCUCUCACUCUAUGCUUUGCUGCAAGUAGAGGAGAUGACAGUUUGCUGCAACAGCUAUUGAAGCGUGGUUUGGACCCCAAUGAAUCAGAUAAGAGUGGCCGGACUGCACUGCAUAUAUCAGCAUCAAAAGGAAGUGAGAAUUGCGCUCUCAUCCUACUAGAUUAUGGGGCAGACCCCAAUUGCAGAGAUUCGGAGGGAAGUGUUCCUCUUUGGGAAGCAAUACUUGAAAGGCACAAAUCAAUGAUCAAACUUCUGAUUGACAAUGGCGCGGAUAUCAUUUCCAGCAAUGUGGGUCAGUUUGCAUGCAUGGCUGUCGAGAAGAACAGCUUAGAAAUCCUUAAUGACAUUGUCCUUUGUGGAGGCAAUCCAACAGUCCCUAGGAGCGAUGGGAUGACCGCACUCCAUGUUGCAGUUAAUCAAGGGAAUCCGAAAAUAGUCCAGUUCCUGUUAGACCAUGGAGCCAACAUUGACAAGCCUGAUGCCAACGGUUGUACUCCAAGGAGCCUUGUGGAUCAUCAAGACAAUGAAGAGAUAAAAGCUCUCUUCCAAGCCAAGAAGGAUUGCGGCAACCACGCCGCCAUCACAGUCACUGAGACAAGUGUCCCACUCAGUCUGAAGUUCAGGAAUGAGCUUCCAGUCCCCCAUCUCUCUCUUGAAAGCAUGCCCCGCUCAAACAGCGUAUCCUCUCAGCGUAGUGGCCUUCGUAGACGUAAGGCUAGCAAUUUCCACAACUCGCUCUUUGGGAUCAUGUCAGCCGCUUGUGCAAGUGAGAUGAGCCCACGUGCAAGCGAGAUGAGCCCACGAUCGCUCGUGGACAGCAUGGUGGGCCAGGGGAUGUGGGUGGGCCAGCAUCCUAGAGUGAUGAUCAGUUGCGCUGGAAAGAGCGAAUCGCCUGGAAAGCUUAUACUCGUACCUUCAUCACUUCAGGAGCUGCUUCACAUUGGUGCUCAGAAAUUUGGGUUCAUGCCCAACAGAGUCCUUACCAAAGAUGGAGCUGAAAUUGAUGAUGUGGGAGUGAUAAGGGAUGGUGAUCAUCUUAUUCUUGUUGGUGAUGAUGACCUGGACCAAGAUAAGAAAAACAAAAUGUGGAGAUAAGGGCAGGAUGUCAUAUGGAUGAUAACUUCAUUUGUUCAAACCAAAGCUCAUCUUUUUGCCAUUUGGUGAUCGCCAUGUGGCAUAGCACGCUUGAUAUGGACCAGAAGCUGAUGGGCCACUCUUUUGUUUUGAUUGAUCUUUUGGGUAUCUUGGAGGAAGCCAGUGGGAAGUGGGGCAUGGAUGACAACUUACACUUGUUCAAACCAUAUACACCGUGUUUCUCUACUUUAUGUUAUUAGAGUAGCAUUACAAGGAUUCUAUUCUAAUACCAAAAAUAGAAGAAUGGGUUUCUUGAAUUUGAAGGAUGUGAUAGGCUCCCAUAAAAGAAGAUGAUGUACACAGAGAGAGGGAGAGUAACGAUUUGGCAGUAUGCCACCAUAAUUGUCUAACUCCUAUAAAAGUAUUGAUGCUUAUGUUCCUCAAUAUUCUUUUGUUUGUAAGAUUGGAAGACAGUCAUAAGUAUUAAGAAAAUGAUGAUUCAUGAACUCGACUUGUGAUCUUAGCUCUUGAGAGAAGUUCAAAUCUAGCUAGGAGACCCAAAUUCUUGUAUAUUUCAUAUUGCGAGCUUUAGUGUCUUAUCAUAUUGACAAUGACAUUGGUACCAGAUACUGCAUGGACAUGUGCAAGAUAUGGUUGAACAAUCUCCUAUUGUAUUUAGGCUACUCCCAAACUCUGCCUGGAAGCAAUGCGCCGAGCUCUCUCCAUAGCCUGGAUAAAGGAGGGUUGUGUUCAAUCCGUGGUAAAAGAAGAGAUGAGAGAGAGAGAGAGAGAGAGAGAGAGAGAGAGAGAGAGAGAGAGAGAGAGAGAGAGAGAGAGAGAGAGAGAGAGAUUGUUGUUCCUCUCUCCAACUCAUUUUAUUAUAGUUAAGCACUGAAUUAUAAACACACUCCAAUGCAAAAAUACAAGUAUCACAACAGAAUGUCAGGUCAGCAGCCAGCUGUAGAACUUUUGCCUAGCAAUCAUAGGAAUUCUUGUUUCAGGCCUCAUGAAACAGGAAUCAUGAAGCAACCCCAAAUAGCUGGGACCAGGUUAUGAUAAUGAUGAUGGUAUUUGAAUAUCCUAGCAAUCUUCUAAUGGUACUUAAGAAUUUUGUAUAGGAUGCGGAGUCGUUUCCCUCCCCAUGUCUGUAUCAAUACCUUUACAUUGGCUGUCAUGAAUUCUGAGAUGUGCUUUGGCAAAAUUCAUUGAAUUCUUUGCAAAAUAGAAGUAAAUCUAGCUUUUCCUGUGUUUGUUACAGUAAAAUGAAUACAUUGUCUUUUCCUAGUAUUUAUGUGAUUCCUGACAUGCAGUAAAUCAGUUUUACAAAUGCAAUUCUUUCUGUUUGCUCAUUUUUCUCCCAUGAUACAUACAUGCAGUGGAUCAGGACUUUUU